AUGAAGGAGAUCGAGGAAAUGCACAAAAAAAUUCUUGAAAAGUUAGAGGAAGCCAGCAAAAUUACAGCAGACGAAGAUGAAGGUAACAUCAUUUAUGUCAAAGAGAGGAGUGGAAUCAAGUCCCGCAUUGAGGAUGUUAUCGAUAGCUACAACCUCCUUUCUAGGCGGCGGAAUCAUUUAGUUGAGCUUUAUCCUAACUAUCUAAAGAGGUAUUUAAUGGUAGCCCUGCUAUUUGUGAAGCAAUUAUGGCCAAAGCUCAAGAUAGCCAACACUAUUGUGAAGAUAAAGGAGGACAUGAAUCUGUUAAGCCAAUCUCGCCAUCAGGCGGUGGAGGCGGCCAAUGAUCCUCGGAGCUUGUUUCGUUUUACCGAUGAUGAGUCCCUCUUCGUCGACAUCCAACGUCGUAAGGAGCAGAUAAUCACGGAGUUGAAUUUGCAAGACACACGGCAUUUGAAGCGGUCUUUUUUAGCAGUGAGAGGUGAUGCAGGAAUAGGAAAGACCACAGUUGUGAACCAGGUGUACGAGGAGGUCAAAUCCCAAUUCACAUUGCGUGCUUGGGUCACUGUUUCCCAAUCUUAUGAACCAGCAGAUAUACUACUCAAAAUUCUUCAGAAGUUUCAAGUGCCUGAAAAUGUGCAACAUGAUGUGAAGAUAUCACAAGACAUAUUGUCAGCAUCGGAAGUGUUUAGGAACUACAUGGUGCAAAAGAACUUAAGCUAUAUUGUUGUUCUUGAUGAUGUUUGGGACUAUGAUUUAUUAAACAACAUACGUGUUGCCUUACCUUCUGACCAAAACGGAAGUCGGAUAUUGAUGACAACUCGUAAUAAAAAGGUUGCAGAAGACUGGAAAUAUGCGUUUAUUAAUGGCAAUGUCUAUGUUGCCGAGCGCUUGUCUGAAGAAUAUGCAUGGGAGCUAUUUUGUAAGAGGUUAUUUAACAAUAAUAAUUACCCUGAUCGAGCAUUGGAGGAGGUAUCUCGCGAAAUCUUGGCAAAAUGUGCAGGUAUACCACUGGUAAUUUUGGCAGUCGCUGGACUUCUUGUCAACAAAGAAACGAUAGCAGAAUGGAAGACAGUACGUGAUCAUCUUGGUCAUGAGUAUAAAACGUCUCCUACUUAUGCAGACACUAAAAAAAUAAUGUUGUACAGUUAUCAUGAUUUGCCGCCUAAUUUGAAGGCUUGUUUCUUGUACUUUGGCAUGUUUCCUGAAGAUCAUGAUAUAGAGGUUAGUAAGUUAGUUCGGGCAUGGGUCGCAGAGGCGUUAGCAAAGAGCGAUGGGAGUUACACACCUGAAGAAGUUGCCGAAAAUUAUGUGAACAAUCUCAUUGAAAGAGGAUUAGUGAUGAGAAUAAGUCACAACAUGAAGAAUAUUACCAUAUUUUUACCAACAGAAAGCGAGUUAUUUGAAAGCUCAGUUAGGAUUCAUGAUGUCCUCCAUGAGAUAAUAAGGGAAAAAUCAAAGGAACUAGACUUUUGUGAAUUUUUACUUGAGAACUCCCAAGAGAUUGAUAAAAAUGGAAAACCACGGCGGCUUUCGAUUAACAGUAUUAGUAAAUCUCUCAACCUGCAAGACAUAAGGACUCGUUGGGAUAAUGCUUGCAGCAUCCGCAGUUUGUUGCUUAAUAAGUGUACAAAUUGUGGUAAUUUGCUGAAGGAGAUACUCCCCCAAUUCGCCGAUAUGCUGAGAGUACUACAUCUGGAGGAGAGUGAAAUUGAUGGUCAGAUUCCUCAUGAGGUGGCAAAUCUGCAGAAUUUGCGUCUUUUGAGGCUGUGUAUCCGUAACAUCCAGAACUUACCAACUUUGGUAUGUCAACUUAUCAAUCUGGAAACCUUGGAUAUCUAUAAUCGAUCCAUUAAUAAACCAGUCGCACUACCAACAGAUAUCAAGGGGCUUCAAAACCUAAAACAUCUCAUUGUAAGUAGAGCAGUCAUAAUUCCUGUAGGGGUUUUGACGAGCUUGACUGAGUUGCAAACCCUAGUAGAGGUGAAUGUAAGUGAAUCUGGCUUAGUAAAGGAGCUAAAAGAUUUGAAGCGUAUGAGGACAUUGCAUGUAUUUAAGCUGGAUGGACAAUGUGUACCAGCAUUUUGCGACGCGUUACAAGGAAUGACCGAGCUUCGCUCACUCCAGGUGUGGGUUCGUCAUGAUACGCAUAGUUCCGCCAUUGAUUUUGAGCCGGAACACCUGAUUGAUUCCCCCCCUCAGAAGCUGGAGGAGCUUGUGUUAAUAGCCAAUCUAACAGACAGGUUGCCAACAUGGAUUCCAGAGCUACAUAGCUUAGUUUGUAUGUCAUUUGAAAUAUGUAUCGACAUGGAUUAUUUGAAUACACUACAAGUCCUCGGAGAUCUUCCCAGUGAUAGUUUUUAG